GCAAAACCUUGAAACCACCAUUUUCCGGCACGGCGAGCAGCAGAAGGACUCCCAGGAGCAGAAGGACUUCCAUCGCCAUGGCGAAGCGGAGCAGGGUCAGUGCGCCUAACAGUGCGCCGCGGCUUCCGCGCUUGGUUCGCGCGGGGCCGCCUCUAGGUGGUGUCGUGGGGUCAACCUUGCUGCUGGCAUUCUUGUGUGGGCCACAGGUCUUCGUGGGCCUCGUGUCGCCCACGCGCCGUCUCGGCCACGUGCCUCGGUGGGCCGCGGCGGAGCUGUGGCAGGAGGCCUCGCAGGCGGAGCGAGGACGCUCGGAGCUGCUGCUGAGCAAGUUGGAGGAUCUUGAAGGCGUGGGGAGCGAGCAACUGCGGCAGAAGUGCCUCGAGCUGCAGGAGGCCGUGCGAAGCCUCUUGGAGGCCGAGGGCGCCAGCCAGAGCAGCUUCGAGCAGCUCAGGGAGAGCAAUGAUCAACUGGAAGAGGCACUGCAGGAGCUGCAGAAUCCCGGCCGCAGCUCGUUGCCCUCCUUCGUCCCCGACGCCGCGCUCCCCGGCGACCCCGUGCGCAUCGACGUGCUGCCGCCGGCGCGCGAGACCGACGGCCCGGCGCUGCUGCCGGGCGAGGCGCACGUGCGCGUGUCGCUGCCCUUGGUGGACAACGGAGAGGUCAUGUGGGGCUGCGACUUGACGCCGCUCUUCGAGGAGUCGGGCGAUCGCUUGAUGUUCUUCACCGCCUUCCUGCCGCUGGGCCUCCAACUCACCUCCGCUCCGCGGCCGUCGGAGCUGCCCGGCAGCGCGGAGCUGAUUCGGGUGGAGGCGGUGGAACCCAAAGGCGAGGCGGAGCUCCUCGGGAUCAGGAGCGGCGACGUGCUGCGCGCGGUGUCCUACGUGGGCGCAGGGCCUGAGCCGGGCUGGUUGGACAAGAUGCUGGGCGCCGAAGCGAUGCCCAUGAAGCAGGUCAUGAAAUGCGAUGGCCGCCCACUUGAGGAGGUCAUUGAAGCGCUUCAGUCCAAUAGCAAGAACCCCGACGGUCGCCUCGUGCUGCUGCUGGAACGACCCUGAGACGCACGCGACGAACGACGAACGACUCGCCGCGAGGACAGA